AGAGGGAGGGCUAAUCGGGGGAGGAGCGACACGUCACUUCCGUCCAGGCCGGAACUCAAGAUGGCUGCGCUCUUGCUGAGACACGUCGGCCGUCGCUGUCUCCGAGCCCACCUCAGUACUCAACUUUGUAUCAGAAAUGCUGCUCCUCUGGGAACCACAGCUAAGGAGGAGAUGGAGCGGUUCUGGAAUAAGAACACGAGUUCAAACCGUCCUCUCUCUCCCCAUUUGACUAUCUACAGAUGGUCUCUUCCUAUGGCAUUGUCCGUUUGCCACCGUGGCUCUGGUAUAGCCUUGAGUGGAGGGGUCUCUCUUUUUGGCCUGUCGGCACUGCUGCUUCCUGGGAACUUUGAGUCAUAUUUGAUGUUUGUGAAGUCCCUGUGUUUGGGGCCAACAGUGAUCUAUGCAGCUAAGUUUGUGCUUGUCUUACCGCUCACGUACCACGCACUGAACGGGAUCCGACACUUGAUCUGGGACCUAGGAAAAGGCCUGGCGAUGUCCCAGGUUUGGCAGUCUGGAAUAGCAGUAAUGGUUCUUGCUGUGUUGUUCUCUGGCGGGCUGGCAGCCCUGUGAAGAGCUGGGAUUCCCAGCACCAUCCUGUACAUUAUCAAACUGAUUUAUAUUCCUGUUUAUCACUCUUCCCCAGCCACCAAGGUUCUCCUGAUUUGUUUAGAUGCCAUAUGCUUCCAGUCCCCUUGGAGCGCAGUAGA